CUCGGCGCCGCCCUGCCGUCGCCGCAGCUCGGCGGCUUUGCCAUGAAGGCGGUGGCGGCGGCGGCGACCACCGCGUUCUCGCCGCCGCUUGCGCCGUGUCCGGCGAGGCGGAGCGUGGGUUCCAGGAGGAGGUUUUCUCGGAGCUGUCAGUCCGGGAGGAUCUCAGUUUCGGCAGGGUACUCCCAAUUGGAGGUCAGAAGAGUUAGCUAUCGACCUCCAGGAACCGAGCAAAACUUGUUGAAUGAAAUUAGCCUCUCUCUUCGGGAGAAAAGUUUUGGCUUACUUUUCGGACGGAGUGGGAGUGGGAAAACCACUCUUUUGCAGCUUUUGGCGGGUCUAUCGGAACCUACCAACGGGACGAUUUGCAUACAGAAGUACAAUGACAGUGGAAAUCCUGUGAGCCCACCAGAAUUAUUGACUGCUCAAAGAGCUGGCAUUGUAUUUCAGUUUCCUGAGAGGUACUUCUUAGCGGAUACUGUGCUUGAAGAAAUUACUUUUGGAUGGCCACAGCAAAAUACAGACUUUCUUUUCAGGGAGAAACUAGCUUCAAAACUCCAAAAUGCCAUUAACUCAGUUGGUCUGAAUGGCAUUUCAUUGGAAGAAGACCCACAAUCUCUAAGUGGUGGGUUUAAGCGACGACUUGCUUUGGCAAUACAACUGGUCCAAACUCCUGAUCUAUUAUUGCUUGAUGAGCCUCUUGCUGGUCUUGAUUGGAAAGCUCGUGCUGAUGUUGUGAAUCUUCUGAAGGACCUAAAGAAGGAUCAUACAAUACUGGCUGUAAGUCAUGACCUAAGGGAAUUGUAUCCGCUGGUGGACCGCUCAUGGAGAAUGGAAAUGGGAGGAGUUUUGAAGGAAGAAUCUUUACCUGUGUAGGAAUGCUUUUAUUAAUCCUGCUGGCAGUAUUUACUAGCAGUCUCCAGAUCAGGUACGACUUGUACGAUCUGAGAAUUGCCAGGCCAAGCAUUUGUGCCAAACCUCAAUGGAAACCAUUGGUGUUACUCCUAAUUUCGACUGCUGAAAUGUAGAAGAAUGUAUCAUUCAUGCCUAUGCCUGGGUAAGGGUAAGGAGCCAGUCAGCCAGGAUGCUGAAUUCCACACGUUCAGAACUGGAACUGCACUGCAUAAGCUGUUGCUCGGGGACAAGGUUGUUCAAAAGAAUGCAAAGUUCAUAUAAAAGCCCUGUAUAAUUUUGAAUUUGGAGCAAAAUUAUACUGAAAGUAUCGCUGACAUUUAUAUUGAAGAGGAGCUAACCGAUUGUGUUACUGUUACAAAACAUUGGAAAGUUCAUUCACUGCCUGACUAUUUCAUUUGCAUAUUUACAGCCUCCUGUCUUCCAAAUUUCUUUGUCCUGUUCUAUGUAAUACCAAAUAAUUCUUAAACCCUUAUAUUCCCUAUUUUCCUC